UCCCCCCCUGGACAAGACGGUUGAUUCUUCGUCUCAUGGGAACGAACGAUGACACGGUAAAGAGAAACGAACCGAAACCCCCGAAUCAUUUUCAUCUCGAAGCUGAUCCGCACGCGAGCUUGAAGAUUCUUUGCUUAGCAAUCUACCCCUCAGCUGAAACGACCCGAAAUCGACGUCGUGCAUGAAUCUUGGAGGCUCCGAUUUGGGGCUGAUCAGGCUAAAUCCGGCCGGAAGGUUCUUCAGUUUGUGAGCGGCGUUCCAGCAAGAGAGCGAUGUUGGAUGUCCAGAGGAAGAGAGUGCAGAUUCUCCUGCUCAUUGUCGGGGUCAUCGCUCUCAGCAUCACCGCUGAAAAAUGUCGGCAGCUUGUUGGGGAGGAGGCAUCGUCAAAGAGUGGACAGUUCACGUUCUUGAACUGCUUCGACAUGAGCAGUGGAACACUGGCAUGCACUGUGAAGGAAGGUGUGAAGCUCUACUUUAAUAACAUCCGAGCUGCUCAUGUUGAGAGCGCAAGGCAUUUAGCAAUUGAGGCUGCCCUAGAGGAAGCACUGGCACAGGGGUUAUCUGCUAAGGAUGCAGCCAAACAGGCUCAGAAGGAAGGAGCCAAAGCCGCUAAGUUGGCCACCCGACAGGCCAAACGCAUCAUAGGCCCGAUAAUCGCUUCGGGCUGGGACUUUUUUGAGGCUAUCUACUAUGGUGGGACCAUUACGGAGGGGUUCCUUAGAGGAACAGGAACUCUGUUUGGGGCUUAUGCGGGUGGGUUCUAUGGAGAGCAGAGUCUCGGGAGGUUUGGAUAUCUCGUGGGCAGCCAUUUGGGGAGUUGGGUAGGCGGUAGAGUUGGACUCAUGGUUUAUGAUGUGGUCAACGGGGUUCAUUACUUGCUUCAGUUCGUCCGGCCUGAGAUAGAAGGGACUGAAUCGAACGAGACCCCGAUUUAUGAACGUUCGGAAGAUUAUUACCCGGCUGAAUCUCCCGCAUACGAGAGCUCCGAAUCAUAUGAAGAACUUUGAUACAAGAAAUCGCACAUUCAGGAAAGGUGGCAGUUGGUCUGGCAGUUUCUUUUUUUACUGGAAUUGUUUCUUACACGUACCUUGAUGUAGAUGAAACAACAUAAAGCUGUACUCCUUAUGCCAGUAGAGCUGCAGUAGUUGUAAAUGACAAAUAGAUACUUCAAAUUGUUAGUGGGGAUUACAUGUAUCAGAUCAUCAUCAUUCGAUAUGAUACUCUCGAGUGGUUUUGCCAUAGAAAGUCUGCUCUUUUCACCUGAAA